UCCUCCCUUCCUCUCAUUUCUAACAGCAAAAAUUCUAAAUAUUUAUGAAUUUAAUGGUUUGAGAUUAAUUUGUUUUUAUUUCCGCUCAAAUUGAAUCUUCCCUUUAAAUUCCCCAAAUAGAUCCCUGUAAAUGAACAAGGAAAUCAAAGUGUCUGCUUCCGAAAUAUUCCACGCUUCAAUCUCCUCUCCUUUUUUCUAUGGAGAAAAAUUGGAAAGCUGUGCCUGAAUUUGGAGGGUGGGAUAACAAGGCUGGAACUAAUACUAAUUACUCAGUAGUGUUUUCACAAGCUCGUGCCAAUAGGAAGCAGCACAAAAGUGACUUAACACGCUACAGCAUUGGAAACGAACAAGAACUUCUGACUAAACCUUCAAAUGAUGAACCUGGUGUGAGGAAAAAGAAGAUGCUGAGGUGCUUCAGUUGUUGUGUUCUGCCCUGAUUUCAUCAUUGACAUGAUCUUGGACUGUGUAUAUUGCUGAAUAUCUGCAGCCUGUUUAUUCAAGAACUGAAGCAAACUAAAGCAGAUAUGGUUAUAUGCCCGUGUAAAUAAUCAAGAAUGUAUCUCUAUGUGGAUGUAAAUUGUUCAAUGAAUGCAAAUGAAUAUAUACACAUAUUAUAUAUUUUUUCGU